CCCGAUCGCAGGCCCGUCCACCGGCGACCCAUCCUGCUCACUUCCAACCGGGCCCCAGCCCGCCACGAGUCCACGCUCCCACCUGCUCCUCGUCGCCGCCAUUAGCGCGCCCCGACCUCGCCUUUCUCCAUCUAGGGUUUCUCUCUCCGUCUCCUCCCCCAUCGAAUCGGAGCUUCGCAUGGAGUCAUCGCGGUCUCGGAAGCGGACGCGCCAAGCGUAUGACUACGACGCCGCGCCGCCACCAGAGCGAGAAGUGGUAGCGAGGGGUGGCGUGUCGCCGCCGUGGAGGGAGGACGACCGCGACGGACACUACGUCUUCGAUCUCGGCGAGAACUUGACCCGCCGAUAUAAAAUCUUGAGCAAAAUGGGAGAAGGUACCUUUGGGCGUGUUUUGGAAUGCUGGGACCGUGAAACACGUGAAUAUGUUGCCAUAAAAGUUGUUCGCAGUAUCCGCAAGUACCGUGAUGCUGCAAUGAUUGAGAUAGAUGUGCUCAAUCGCCUUGCAGAAAAUGAGAAAUACAGUUCUCUUUGUGUCCAAAUUCAGAGAUGGUUUGACUAUCGUAAUCAUAUAUGCAUUGUCUUUGAGAAGCUUGGACCAAGCUUGUAUGAUUUUCUAAAGAGAAAUAGAUACCAACCUUUCCCUGUGGAACUUGUGCGGGAGUUUGGACGGCAACUGUUGCAAUCUGUAGCAUAUAUGCAUGAGUUGCGGCUUAUCCACACUGAUCUGAAGCCAGAAAACAUACUUCUUGUGUCUUCUGAGUAUAUAAAAGUUCCAAGUACAAAGAAGAAUACGCAAGAUGAGAUGCAUUUCAAGUGCUUGCCAAAGUCCAGUGCCAUAAAGCUGAUAGAUUUUGGUAGUACCGCCUUUGAUAAUCAGGACCAUAACUCGAUUGUUUCUACGAGGCAUUACAGGGCACCUGAAAUAAUCUUAGGUUUAGGCUGGAGUUUUCCAUGUGAUAUUUGGAGUGUUGGCUGUAUUCUUGUUGAGCUAUGCUCAGGGGAAGCAUUGUUUCAGACACACGAGAAUCUGGAACACCUAGCAAUGAUGGAGAGGGUUUUGGGACCUCUACCAGAGCAUAUGACACGGAAAGCAAGUUCUUCUGCUCAGAAAUAUUUUAGGAGAGCAACACGCUUAAAUUGGCCUGAAGGUGCUGUUUCAAGAGAAAGCAUCAGAGCGGUGCGGAAACUGGAUCGACUAAAGGACUUGGUAUCGAGGAACGCUGACCAUUCAAAGGCAGCGCUGGUGGACUUGCUAUAUAGUCUCCUACGAUUUGAGCCAUCGGAACGUCUGACAGCGCAAGAAGCUCUGGACCAUCCAUUCUUCAGGAACCCAACAUGACUUGUUGAGCAGGCUUGACUCAUGUUGAAGAAGGUGGUAGGGAGGAAGCAGGCAGAGCCAUCCAUUGCAAAGCUGAAAAGGCAUCAUGCUCCUCUGUAAUACCAGAAAAGUUUGUGUAAGCCUGUCAAUAAGGCUUCUUGUGGUGAUAAAGCUUAUGGCUUCAGUCACCCAAUGUAAUGUACACUAGCAUUUUUCCUAGGGAGAUUAGCGCGCCAGAUGGCGCUUGUAUGUUGUUAACCGGGACGCGCAAUGAGCUGCGUCCCAAUGCCCUGGUGCCCAUAAUCCAAUCGCAAAUGUUGACAUAAGCAUAAAGGGGCAUCCGUAUAGCUUAUGAUUGAACUGUACCUGGGCUGUUGUGCCCCCCUGUAGGUGCAAUAGUCUGUUGAGUACAAGUAUCGUGUCCUGUUGCUGAUACGGAUACCCGUGUAAGGGCGGUUUGAAUUCUGGCGUGCCAGCGCCCUUCACAGGUAAGUGCAUCGCUGGCUGGCUUGUAUUCGCUUUCACCACCCUGGAAACAAAGCUGAAGAAGAGACUGGGUUUGAAGCA